AUGGCAUACUUUGUGGUAACUUUGUGUGUGUUAGUGGCAGUCAUCGGAACUUCAUACGGAGGCACCAGCGAUUUUGCGGGAAUGGGAGCAAUGGGUGGUCUCGGUAUGGCGUUCGGUGGAGGCGGAAUGUACGGUGGUCCGAUGGGCGGAUGGGGUGGAGGUGGCGGAUGGGGCGGGGAUAUGGGCUUCAACGACAACAUGGGCGGUGGCUGGGGCGGUGACAUGGGUGGUGGAUGGGGCGGUGACAAUAUGGGUGGCGGAUGGGGUGGAGAUAAUAUGUUUGGAAAUAUGCGGAUGAACUGA